AUGGCAUCAUUCGCGCGCCCGGUCGCCUCGACCAUCAAUGGGGUCGACUUUAAUGUCUACUCCGAAGAGGAGAUUAAAGCUCUCUCGGUGAAACGCAUUCACAAUACUCCGACAUUGGAUUCUUUCAACAACCCAGUCCCUGGCGGUUUGCAAGACCCUGCUAUGGGUGCAUGGGGUGACCAUGUAUGCACUACCUGUCGCCAGAACUCUUUCACCUGUACUGGACACCCCGGUCACAUUGAGCUUCCAGUACCAUUCUAUAACGUCACUUUCUUCGACCACAUUUUCCGUCUCCUCCGCGCGCAAUGUGUGUACUGUCUUCGCCUCCAAAUGGGCCGCAACCAAGUCAACAUGUACAUCUGCAAGCUGCGCCUUUUGCAAUAUGGGUUGACCGACGAAGUCGCUAUUGUCGACACCAUGGGGUCGGUUAAAGGCGGAAAGUCCAAGGCAGCAAAGGGCAAGGAGCAAGAUUCGGAUGAUGACGACGAACUCGACGACGAGGAUUUCAUGCAAAAGCGGACCGACUAUGUCACUCGGCGCAUUCAAGAAGCUAAAAAGUCGGGCAAAUUGGAAGGAUUGAUGACCGGUGGACAAAAUCCCAUUGCCGCCGAGGCCAGACGAGAGUUGAUCAAGACUUUCUUGAAGGACAUCAAUUCUUACAAGAAAUGUGUCAACUGCAGCGGUAUGUCGCCCUCUUACAAGAAGGACCGCUAUAACAAGAUUUUCCGCAAGCAAUUGCUCGAGAAGUCGAAGCUGGCAAUGACACAAGGAGGAUUCCAGGCGAAGAACACCAUGGUUCUUCUGGAAGAAGAACGUAAAUACCAGUCGAAGAAGCACAGCACAGAAGCUUUACAUGGCGCCGAGGAAGAGAUCCGUCUCGGAGCGGCUGUCAUGCAGCAAGCAGAGGCAACCUCCGGCCAGGAGUUCAUGUCUUCUUCCGAAGUCUAUGCAGCACUGCACUUCUUGUUCCAAAAGGACAGCGAGGUUCUCCAGCUUGUCUAUAACUCUCGGCCUGUGCCCAAGGGACAAAUCGUUGUGACCGAGGACAUGUUCUUCAUCAAGAGUUUGAUGGUGCCACCAAACAAAUACCGCCCUGCAGUGCAGCAAGGUGCUGGGUCAGUCAUGGAGGCACAACAGAACACUUCAUUCAACGCGAUUUUGAAGGGUUGCGACACCAUCAACCAAAUUAGCAAAGAAAUUCAAAACGAGGAGGAAAAGACAAUGUCUCGGGCCCGCAAUUACAGUGAUCUUCUCCAGGCAAUGGUGUUGCUUCAAGAUCAGAUUAACGGUUUGAUCGACCGCGAUCGUACUUCGGUCACGGGCUCUGCCGCUGCUGCCCAGCCUAACGGUAUCAAGCAGAUUCUUGAGAAGAAGGAGGGUCUCUUCCGAAAGAACAUGAUGGGAAAGCGUGUCAACUUUGCUGCCCGUAGUGUUAUUUCACCCGAUCCCAACAUCGAGCCCAACGAGAUCGGUGUUCCCCUUGUCUUCGCUAUGAAAUUGACAUUCCCUGAGCCUGUGACAAAUCACAACUUCUGGGAGUUGAAGGAAGCCGUUAUCAACGGCCCCGACAAGUACCCUGGUGCUUCCUCCAUUGAGAAUGAGAACGGCCAAGUUGUCAACCUCAAGUUCAAGAACCUCGAGGAGCGGACGGCGCUCGCUAAUCAAUUGCUUGCCCCGUCAAACUGGCGCCAGAAGGGCUCACGAAACAAGAAGGUUUACCGUCACCUCACCACCGGUGAUUACGUCUUGAUGAACCGUCAGCCCACCCUGCACAAACCCUCCAUCAUGGGUCACAAAGCCCGUGUCCUUCCCAACGAACGCGUCAUUCGCAUGCACUACGCCAACUGUAACACCUACAACGCUGAUUUCGACGGUGAUGAAAUGAACAUGCAUUUCCCCCAGAACGAACUCGCCCAGGCAGAAGCUAGAAUGCUUGCGGAUGCCGAUCACCAAUACCUCGUUGCCACAUCAGGCAAACCCCUGAGAGGUCUGAUUCAAGAUCACAUUUCCAUGGGAACGUGGGUCACUUGUCGUGACAGUUUCUAUGAUGAAGAAGAUUACCACCAGUUGCUGUACAGUUGUUUGAGACCCGAGCACUCGCACAUUGUCAGUGACCGGAUUCAACUAGUUGAACCCGCUAUGCGGAAGCCAAAGUGCCUGUGGACCGGAAAGCAGAUUAUCACAACAAUCCUCAAGAACAUUCAGCCCGCGGAGCGCGCAGGUCUGACCCUGAAGAGCAAGUCUUCCACCCCGGGUAACCGAUGGGGCGAGGGCAACGAGGAGGGAGAGGUCAUCUUCCAAGAUGGAGAAUAUCUUUGCGGUAUUCUUGAUAAGAAGCAGCUUGGUCCCAGCGCUGGAGGUCUCAUUGAUGCCAUCCACGAGGUUUACGGUUACAGCACCGCCGGAAAGCUGAUCGGUGUUCUUGGCAGACUUCUUACCCGCGUAUUGAAUCUGCGUGCCUUCAGUUGUGGUAUUGACGAUCUGCGGUUGACCAAGGAGGGUGACCGCAUUCGUAAGGAGAAGCUGGCCACUGCGCCUCAAAUGGGUCGCGAGGUCGCUCUGAAGUACGUGACUCUGGACAAGGCUCCUGGUGACCAGACCGACGAGUUGAACCGCCGAUUGGAGGAGGUUCUUCGUGACGACGACAAGCAGAGUGGCUUGGAUAGCGUUUCCAACUCCCGUUCUGCUAAGCUUUCUUCUGAAAUCACCAGUGCUUGCUUGCCACACGGUCUUGCAAAGCCUUUCCCCUGGAACCAGAUGCAGUCUAUGACGAUAUCUGGAGCCAAGGGAUCUGGUGUCAACGCCAAUCUGAUUUCUUGUAACUUGGGUCAGCAGGUUUUGGAAGGUCGUCGUGUACCGCUCAUGAUCAGUGGAAAGACUCUUCCUUCCUUCAAGGCCUUCGAAACCCACCCCAUGGCUGGUGGUUUCGUCUCUGGUCGUUUCUUGACUGGUAUCAAGCCCCAAGAGUACUACUUCCACGCCAUGGCUGGUCGUGAGGGUCUUAUCGAUACUGCCGUCAAGACAUCGCGCUCUGGUUACCUGCAGCGUUGUUUGAUCAAGGGUAUGGAAGGUCUCAAGGCUGAGUACGAUUCAUCCGUUCGCGAAUCAUCCGACGGAUCUAUUGUCCAGUUCUUGUACGGAGAGGACGGUCUUGACAUCACCAAACAAGUCCACCUCAACGACUUCGACUUCCUUGCCGAGAACCACGUCUCCAUUUCCAAGCAGGUUCAAGCCGACGAUUUCCACAAGUUGGCCAAGGAAGAUGUUUCCAAUUGGCACAAGGACGCAAUGAAGGCUGUUCGCAAGACCGGAAAGGUUGAUGCCAUGGAUCCUGUGUUGUCGCGCUUCCCCCUGGAGGAAACCUGGGUAUACACGGACAGCAACAAGAACCAGCUCAUCAAGGAUAAGAAGAAGAACAUCGAGGGCAAGUUCACCAAGAAGACCUUCGAGGCCUUGAUGAACAUGAAGUAUAUGAAGUCUAUCAUCGACCCUGGUGAAGCGGUCGGAAUUAUGGCUGGUCAGUCUGUUGGAGAGCCGUCUACACAGAUGACACUUAACACAUUCCAUUUGGCUGGUCACUCAGCGAAGAACGUCACACUGGGUAUUCCCCGUCUUCGUGAAAUUGUCAUGACCGCAAGUGCCAACAUCAUGACCCCUACGAUGACUUUGCUUCUGAACGAAGAGAUCUCCAACGAGGACUCAGAGAAGUUUGCUAAGGCUAUCAGUAAGCUUACUAUCGCUGAGCUUGUUGACAAGGUCCAAGUCAAGGAGCGUAUUGGCUCUGGCGUUGGCCACUCGAAGGCUAAGAUUUACGACAUUGAAAUUACUUUCUUCUCCGCUGAAGAGUACACCAAGGAGUACGCCAUUGAGACCAAGGAUGUCUUGGUUGCUCUGCAGUCCAAGCUUGUUCCUCGCUUGGUGAAGCUCACCAAGGCCGAGCUCAAGAAGCGUAAUGACGAGAAGAAGGGUGUCAAGGGUACCACUUCUCAGCCCGAAAUCGGUGUCUCCGUUGGUAAAAUCGCAGAGGCACCCAGAGGCGCCGACUCAGAGGCGCAGCCUGCCGACGAUGACGACGAGGACGACGUGGACGACGCCAAGCGGGCCGCCGGAGCUCAAAACCGCGGCAACCAGGUUUCCUACGAGGCACCUGACGACGCCGAGCAGGACAUCAUCAACCGCCAAGACACUCCUGACGACGACGAUGAUAACGAAGAACAAUCCAGCAAGCCUUCAAAGACCACUCGUGAUGUGCAAAUGAAGGACGGAUCCGAUUCAGAGGAUGACUCUGACGACGAAGUUGCCCAAGACAGCAAGUCGCGCGAGCAAGACGUCAUGGGCCAGUUCGAGGAAAUCACCAAGUUCAAGUUCGAUCCUAAGAAGGGUCUCACCUGUCACAUUCAACUACAGUACGACGUCGAGACUCCUAAGCUUCUGCUCCUUCCUCUGGUCGAGAAGGUCCUCCAUCUUUCCGUUAUCCAGUCCAUCCCCGGCAUGGGCAACUGUGUCUUUGUCGAAGCCGACGAGGCGAAGGGUGAUCCCGCCAACAUCCUCACGGAUGGUGUCAACUUGCUUGCCAUGCGUGAUUACCAGGACAUCAUCAAGCCCCACUCGAUGUACACAAACUCCAUCCACGACAUGCUCAACCUCUACGGUGUUGAAGCCGCUCGUGCUACUAUUGUUCGUGAAAUGGAUGCCGUUUUCGGUGGUCACAGUAUCUCCGUUGACAACCGUCACUUGAACUUGAUUGGUGAUGUGAUGACCCAAUCCGGUGGCUUCAAGGCGUUCAGUCGUAACGGCCUGGUCAAGGAAGCAUCCUCUGCUUUCGCGCGUGCCAGUUUCGAGACGACUGUCGGCGCCCUGAAGGACGUUGUUCUUGAGCGUGGCGUUGACAACCUCAAGAGUCCCAGUAGCAGAAUCGUCGUUGGUCGUAUCGGUACUGUCGGUACCGGUUCCUUCGAUAUUCUCGCUCCUGUAGCAUAG